AUGGGCGACGAAAAGUGGAACUGGGCCGAGCUCAUCAAGAUCAAGAGCGAGCCGUCGGCCGCCAGCGUUGUCUCGAGCGUGCCUGAUGUCCCAUAUCGCGAGAGCGCAGCACCGCCGCGCCGCAAGGCCAAGCCUGCCCACAAGACGCCCGCGCCCUACUACACCAACAUCUCGCAGCCGCAGCCGCUCGCGACGAUCGGUCUCGAGGCCGAGCUCGAGAGCAACAAGUUUGGCUUUACGCAAACAAAAGCGGCGCCGUCGGACCUCGACAUGUCGUCAGCCGAAGAGUUUUCCCAGCUGCGCGUGCGCGACCGGGUCAUCUCGGCCGACGACAUGCGCGCCAACAUGGAAGGUCGAACAAAUGUGCGCCUCGCCGAGCUCGAGUCCAAGCACCUGAGCCGCCUCGAAAACGAAGAUAUCGAUUGGGUGACGAUCGGCGUCGUCACGAACGCCAACCACCUCACUUUGCCCGACGGAAAAAAAUACGUUGUCUGGACCAUCUCAGACCUCGACAACUGCAUCGUGAGUCUCUUCCUCUACAACGAUGCGUACGAGGCGCACUGGAAGGGCAGCACGGGACGACUCGUGGCCGUCAUCAACCCGGUUGUACUGCCUGCGCGCGAGACGGGCAAGUUUGCUCUCAAGGUAUCUGACGGCCACGACAUUGCCAUGAUUGGUACGUCGCUGGACUUUGGGUACUGCCAGAGCUAUACCCUCGGCGGCCGACAAUGCAAGAUCGCCGUCAACAUGGCCAAGUCGCGCUACUGUGUCAUUCACUUGGCCCAGCGCCUCAAAGAAGCGGGCAAAGGGCGGCAAGAGCUCAACUCGGCGCAGACCUUUCGAAAUGACGUGUUCAAGGACGGCGACGGUGUCCGCAACCUCUCGUCCGGCUCUUACGCCCCCGAACGCGCGGCCAAGAAGGUUGCACCCAAACGCAAAGCAGCAACGCAUUUGCUCACGUCGUCAACGCCACCAGCCACCGUUGUCUCGGCCAUCGGUGAUGUGGCACUGCACGCGCACAAGAAGCACAAGCUGACGACGCCUUCGGCUGCCAACUUCAAGCCGUCAACCAUCGACGAUCUCAAAGCGUCACUGGCCCAACCACCAGCCAAAGGCUCGUCGAUCGCGCAAAAGUCGAUUGUGGCCAAGAUGCUGGGCAUUGGUGCCAAGCGCAAGAAUGCCAACCUCAUGCAGUUCAUGACGCAACACCAGUCGACGUCAAAGUCGGCGCCACCAACGAGUCCGGCAACGUUAUCGCGCCCGGCCGUACCGCCGCCGUCGCUUGCCACCAUGCCCCGCCGCGUCUCGGCGCCGGCCAAGCGCCCUGCGUCCGUAGUCCCUCGACAAGUGUCGGCGCCGCUCACCGGACGGUCGGCCAACGUGGCGUCGCUGCGCGCUACGGGUAUGGUGGCCAUGGACUUUGACGCGCCCGGCGUCCCGUCUGUCUUGCAAGCCAAGCCCCGUCAUCGCUAA